AGGAUGUUAAACAUCAACGAAGAAGAAGAAGCUGACCUCCUCCAUUUGUCGUCAGUCCGCUGAAGCCGUCGACGGCCUGUGCGACAAUCCUCUUAAAUACUAACACUGAACUCGAGGAACAAGCAAGAAAGAUAAGACACAGACUCACCAUGUGGGAUGGACCAGGGCCAGGACAAGGACCACGGGGAGGACCACCGUUUCGUGGUGAUCAUCAUGGGGAUAUGUUUGGUGGCAGAGAUCGUUCCAUGCCUGAUUUUAGAGGUAGGGAUGGGAUGAACAUGGGUCCCAUGGGUCAUAUGGGCCCAAGACCUCAAGAUCUACCACAUAUGGACAUGAGGAGGAUGGAUGGGCCACCAAUGAGGGGGCGUGACAUGGACCCACGUGAUAUGCGUGGUAGAGAGCCAAACAGAGAUUUUUUCAGACCCGGAGAGGAGCCAGACUUUGGUCUUAGAAGACACUAUGAGCCUAACAUGAGAGACAAAAUGAUGAAUUCUUCUGGUUUCCCGGGACCAGGCAGGAACUCCGCAGACAUGGGAGGGAGGGGUAUGCCUCCACGGGAACCAAACAACAGAUUUAUGGACAUGAGAGACAGAGAGCCAUUUCAUUAUGACAUGCCACAAUUCAACAAUCCCAACAUUGAUGGAAGAAGAGGGGGGUUUCACAUGGACAGAAUGGAUCGAAAUGAUGGAUUUAGGGACAUGCGUGACAGGCCUCCAAUGGGCAUGAGUGACAGUGAUCGCUAUGAUAUGGAUGUCCAUCCACGUGAUAGGAGAAUGAUGGACACUGACAGAAGAGGAGGGCCACCUUUCAAUCCAAGAGGUGGAUUUGAUUCAGAUAUGGAUUUCAGAAAUCGUCUUGGACCAUCAGCUGAAUUUCGAGGUAGGGAUCGAUCUCCCUUAAGAUUUGGAAACAGUGAUGUCCCUCCAGUGGAUAGGGCAAGAUCAGACAUGCCUUCAGAUGUUGCUGCCCCUCAGAGAGCAGAGUUUAUGGGUGCAGAAGACCCACUCAGAGAUAGAGAAUAUUCAGAGUCAAGUGGCAGUCCUCUUAUGGAUUAUCGAAGUGGUGAAGAAAUGACUCUUGCUGAAGAAUGGAAGAACCGCCGCAAGGACAAGAACCCUUUCAUGAAUAUGGGUAAAGGUAUGGGAGGUGUACCUGAACCCAACUUCCCUGUAGGUUUUAGUCGAGAUGUGAAUGUUAGAGAUCCGCCACCUUUUCAGGAAAGGGAUAGGCCAUCUGUUGAAUUCCCAGGGAAAGAUGUCGGCUUUCGUCAUGGUGACAACUUUCCUGCUAUGGAUCUACCACCAAUUGGCAGCAAACCUCCACAAGACCAUCCACACCCAGAAAUAAGUCCCCUUACUGGUCCUCUUGGGAGAGAAAAUGAGAAUAAACAUUGGCUUGGAGAAAGGGACCCAAAGCAUAGUCAGAAUAAAUCAAAUCGUGAUGAGAGGCCCCCUUACCAUCAAGAGAAGGCUCAACCCCCACAUGAGAUUCAGGUGCCAAGUGAUUGUUUCAAAGGGUUGAAAGAGAUCCCACACACUCAAGGACCUGCCAGGGGUAAGAUGGAGCCAGAACGUGAUUUCCAAAGUGGCAACACUGGACAGACAAGAGACCAAGACUACAGGGACAUCGAUUACAGAACUGGAUCCGGGAGGGCUUUUGAUUACAAACGUGAGGCACUUCAGCCACCAGAGAAACUCAUGAAAGAGCCUAAACCAAUCACACCUUCAAAGUUUAGUGAGUCUGGUUCUCAGGAUCAAGAUUACAGGAACGCAUCAGUGGAGGACAAAGUUUCCAAUACGAUAUCCAUAAUCGGUAUUCCAAAGACUGCCACAAUGGAGCAGAUUCUUGGUGCCUUUGCUGUCCGUGAUGGUGUGCCAAUGCAGGGGAUGAAAAUCAAAAAUGUUGUGCCAGGUUACAGCUACGAUACGGCCUAUGUGGAGUUUUUAAACCUCGAGGAUGCAGUCCACUUCAUGGAGUCCAACAAGGGGUCCCUAAAGGUUGGCACUAGAACAACAUCCAUGAAGUACAUCCAGCCUGAGGAGCGUGAAAGAAGUGUUCAAGAGUCAGAUCACAAAGUACCUCAACUCCAGGAGCCCCAGUUGCCCAGACCAGAUGAACCCAAUGAAGAAUUGAAGACCAACCUGAAUGGGUCCAAACCAAAAAGCCCUACGGAACAAAACCAGUGGCAGCGUAGCUCUGACCUAACUCCAGAGGCCUGGCAACAGCAGGUGGACCAACAACUCCAACAGCAAGAAACUGAGCAGCAGGCAGAGUCCUGGGGCAACCGCAACCUUCCUAAUCACAAUUCACAGCAAAAAUUCUCCGUUUUUAAAGACAGCAAAACCAUGAUAAUAAAAAAUGUAAAGCCCACCACCACAGUAGAAGCUAUCUUGAAAGCCUUGGAUCCCUUUGCAUAUCUGGAUGAAAGAAAUGUUCGUCUUGUCAAGGCCAAGCCACCAGGAGCCAAGUGUUUCUGUUUUGUUGACAUGGACUCUCAUGAGCAAGUGACACGUCUGGUUGAGCUCCUCACUAAACCCAGACCCCUCUACAUUGAUGGAGUCAGAGUUUAUGCCGAGGUCGCAAGACCCCUCAAGAACCAAAAUUUCAAAAAAGACUUGGAUAAACCAAACAGUUCCAUCCUUGGGUAUCCACCUGAGGCCAACAUGAUGGGACAGCAACCGCAGCAAUACCCACAACCUCCACAGUACUUGCAGCCUCUGCAGCCACCUCCUGGUGUCCCUGCUUGUAUCCCUGUCGGUGUCCCACCUUGUCUCCCAGCUGGUCUCCCUGUUGGAUUGCCUGGUGAUUUGAUGACUGGCAGCUCUAAUCCUGCACUGCCACCAGACCCCAGCAUGGGACAGGGAGUUGGCUAUGGUGAAGCUCCAGCUAUGGAUCCAUCAUUCCAAGCUGGUCUGGGUUCCCAUAUGCCCACAGAGCCACCAGGGAUGACAGUCGGUGUGGAUGGAUCACAGACCUACAUCUAUGGCUCUGAGAUUCCAGACAUGACCAACUACUUGUAUGACGCUACGUCAGGCUUCUACUACGAUCCUGAGACGACACUGUACUACGAUCCUAACUCACGGUAUUUCUACAAUGCUCAAACCCAAGAGUACAUGUACUGGGACGCUACAUCAAAGACCUACAUCCCAGUUCCAGGAGGGAGCUCUGCAGAGACCCAACCUGGGAUCAUGACUGUUGAAGACCAGGCCAUUCUUUCCAACCCAGCAGCAGAUGCACCUCUAGAAAUGAAGAAAUCACCACUGGUGCCCCCCCUGACCACAGAGGAUCUGGCACCAGUUCCUGUUUCUGCCGCCAGCUCUGCUCCUGAACCUGUCCCGACUUCUACAGCAACUCCAGAGAAGAAAGAUGACGAGGAAGAUUCUGCUAAAAAGGACAAAGAGGAGAAACCAAGAAGUCUUGCUGCUGUCAAGAUCAUGAAAGAUAUGGAGCGCUGGGCGAAGAUCCAGAACCGUCAAAAGGAAAGUGUCCGUGCUGCAUCACCUGUGCUGAAGGGUGGACUGGACGAUGACAGGAGGCAAUCAAAGUCGGCUGACGCUGGUUUUGCCAUCUUUGAGAGGAAGAUCUCAGGUGCUGAUGAUCUUUUUAAGAAGCCCCUUGCUCCUCCUAAGAAAGAUGAAAAGUCAAAACGUCCAAUGGGCUCCCUGGGCCUGCUGGCAUCAGACUAUGCAGCUGGAAGUGAUGAAGAGGUGGAAGAAGACAAGGAAGAGGCAGCUAAAAGCAGUCAGGGCAGUCUGCCGGAAGACAAGGACAACAAACUGACAGACUGGAAGAAGAUGGCCUGUCUGCUGUGUAGGAGACAGUUCCCCAACAAGGAUGCUCUGAUACGCCACCAGCAACUUUCUGACCUGCACAAACAAAAUAUGGAGAUCCAUCUUAAGAUCAAGAGGUCAAAGAAGGAGCUAGAGGCACUGGAGAACCAGGAAAAAGAACUAAAUGCCAGAGAAACUCCCAGGUCACCGGAACAGAAAAGAAGAAAACACCAUCAUCAACAGCAGCAGCAUCAUAAUACCUGGGCUGGAAGCUCAAGGGAAAUGAAUAAAGUCAGUGAUAGACCUGGCUUAGGCGCCGAACCUGUCCCGCAGAGAAAAAAGAAAGAGCCUGUCGUUUGGGACCAUGCCACCUACAAACAAGCAGUACGCAAGGCCAUGUUUGCACGGUUCAAGGAACUCGAGUGAUCUCCUCUGAACACAUCCCCACUUUUGUUAUGUGAAGUUGUUAAUAUGCUUGUCCACUUUGGCAUGAGAACUCCUCUUUUGACUUUGUCUUUACUGUUUCCCUGCCUUUGGACAUUAUUUUCUACUAUAAAAUGAAGUGAAAAAUGACGUAACAUCAUGAUGCUUUUUAGCUCCAGCUAAAAACUUUGACGUCCUCAGCAAUGGAUGUUGUACAGAAAGUGUUUAUUCAUGCUGUUAAUGUGAGUAUUUUUGCCCAUGUUUUUUAUGUGUGGCCUGUAUGUAAAAUUUGUGAAACGUAUCCAGGAUGUCUUUUUUUUUUUUUUAAUAAAAAAUGAUACUGUCACACUGGCCACGAAUACAUUUUGUUUUAAAA